AUGAGUGAUGCUCCUCCCCCCAAGCGCUCCCGGAAGGAAAUUGUUGCCGGGAAGGAGGUCACGGCCAAGCGCUACCGGAAGCGGGAAAUGCCGGUUUCUUCCGGCCCCCCGCUCAAGAUUGCCAAGAGCGCCACCGAAGAUGCCGGGAGGGCGGAACCUCUGGUUCCUCCCGUCCCGGAGAAGACUACAACAUCUGCUUCUUCCCCUUCCAAGACCGUGCCGGAUUCUUCCACGCCGGCAAGCUCUUCUGCGGCAAAGGAUGCACCGGAUGCUCCUGCGCCUCCACCGACUGCUCCUACCGGCAAGCCAGCCAGCGCCAAGCCUACGCCUCCAGCGCAAGAUCCUGCCGCGGUGGUCAGCGCCGCCAGCUCUCCUUCUUCUGGCUCGCGGUCCCUUGUACUGUACGCCGGCCGCGCCGCUCUUGUGGCCGGAGAAACGGCUUCAGCUCAGCUGGGCCGGAUCACCGAGCUCACCCGCGGAGGAGCCGAUCUAGGCCACCUCGCCGAUUACGCUGAGAAGUGGAAUCGAGCGGGUCUAUCCCCAGCGACGCUCGGCCUGGGGAAGGACAAGCUGCCGGUAAUUGAUCCUACCGGCCCCCGGAGCACCGGGCAGCACUUUGGCCGGCUGCGGCGCGCGGUCAAAGAAUUUGACACCGCGUGGCACGACGCCAACCACAACGUAGCUGUAAGUUACACAAACUUCACAACUCUCUAA